UGGGCGCGCGGUGAUGGCGUCACCUUCCGGCGCCGCCGCUUUGGUUUCCCGGUCGACCGGCGGGAGGUGGGCGCCAAGGCGAGGGAGAUGCUGGCGAGGCGGCCGCGGGAUCCCCUCCAAGCCCUGCAGCGCCGCAGUCAGGAACUGAAGCAACAGGUUGAUAGUUUGCUUUCUGAGAGUCGAUUGAAAGGAGCUCUAGAAUCCAGUAGAAGGCGAGACAUUUACCAAAGAUGUAUCCAGUUAAAACAGGCAAUAGAUGAAAAUAAAAAUACUCUUCAAAAAUUAAACAAAGCUGAUGAACCUGCACCUGUCGGGAACUAUGAUCAGAAAAAAAAGGAGGAGCACAAUCUUUUGGAUAAGCUUACCCACCAACUGCAGGAACUUGCUGUGUCCUUAAGAAGAGAAGAUGUAACUGAAAUUGGGGCACUUACUGAAAGAGAGGAAGAUGAGGAUUUUGCUGAAGAAGAUGAAGAAGAAGAAGAAGAUGAAGAAGAAAGUGAAGAAAGUGGUGAGGAGGAAGAAGGAACAGAAGAGGAAGAGGAAGAGAAACAGGAAAAUGAAUCUCACCAACAGGCGACAAGUAAAGAAUACGUCGCUAUUGGAGAUUUCACUGCUCAGCAAGUGGGAGAUCUUACAUUUAAGAAAGGGGAAAUUCUCCGUAUAAUCGAAGGGAAGCCUGAUGGUUGGUGGACGGCUAAGAAUGCCAAGGGAGAGAAAGGUCUCGUUCCCAGAACCUACUUGGAGCCUUAUAAUAAAGACAAAGGUGAAGAAUCAAGUGAAGAAGGCAGUGAAGAAGAUGCAGAGGUGGGCGAUGAAACAGCAGAGGGAGCAGAAGUUAAACAAAGAGCUGAUUCUCAUUGGAGUGCUGUCCAAAAAGCCGUCUCAGAGCAGAUAAACACUGUUGAUGUGUUAACCACGAUGGGAGCUAUUCCGGCAGGUUUCAGGCCUUCUACUCUCUUCCAGCUUCUGGAGGAAGGGAAUCAAUUUCGAGCAAGUUACUUCUUACAGCCAGAGCUCACCCCUUCACAGCUGGCCUUCAAAGACCUGAUGUGGGAUGCUAAAAUGGGCACUAUUAGGUCGAGACCAAGUCGUGUUUCAUUGAUCCUGACCCUCUGGAGCUGUAAAAUGAUUCCUCUUCCAGGAAUGAGCAUCCAGGUUCUGAGCAGACACGUACGCCUCUGUCUGUUUGAUGGUAAUAAGGUUCUGAGCAACAUUCAUACAGUCAGAGCCACAUGGCAACCUAAAAAGCCCAAAACUUGGACCUUUUCUCCUCAGGUUACUGGCAUCUUGCCCUGCUUGCUUGAUGGUGAUUGUUUUAUCAGAUCCAAUUCUUCAUCUCCAGAUCUUGGAAUAUUAUUUGAGCUUGGAAUUUCUUAUAUUCGCAAUAAUUUUUUAGUUCUAAAGUCAACUGGUGAAAGAGGAGAAUUAAGUUGUGGCUGGGUGUUCCUUAAACUUUUUGAUGCCAGUGGAAUUCCUAUUCCAGCAAAAACUUACGAACUCUUCUUGAAUGGCGGCACCCCUUAUGAAAAAGGUGUGGAAGUGGACCCUUCAGUGUCCAGAAGAGCACAUGGAAGUGUUUUCUAUCAGAUGAUGAUAAUGAGAAGGCAGCCUCAACUUCUAGUAAAACUGAGAUCUUUGAACAGAAGAUCAAGAAACAUACUAAGUCUACUGCCAGAAACAUUAAUUGGAAGUAUGUGCUCCAUUCAUUUAUUGAUAUUUUAUCGCCAAAUUCUUGGAGAUGUGCUCCUGAAAGACAGGACAAGCAUGCAAAGUGCUGAUUUAAUCAGUAGUCCUGUGCUGGCCACCUUCCCCAAGCUCUUGGAGCAGCCUGAUGUGAUGGACGCUCUCAGGAGUUCGUGGGCUGAGAAAGAAAGCACAUUGAAGAGAUCAGAGAAGAGAGACAAAGAGCUCCUGAAGGCUGCGUUCGUCCUGGUCUACCACGACUGCGCGCUCCCUCUCCUCCAGUCCACACUCCUGCCCCCGUUCAGGUGGGCGGAAGGAGAGGCUGAGGCUGCCCGCUGGAAGGUGAUCGCUGACUUCCUCAUGGAAACCCGAGAGAACGGGGGCGCCCUCCACGCUCUGCUGUCCCCAGAUGGGCUCCAUGAACCCUUUGACGUUUCAGAGCAGACCUAUGACUUCUUGGGAGAAAUAAGAGAGAAUGCAGCCUGACAGCGUGGCCCUGAUGCACCCUCCACGGUGACCUGAAUAAAGCGACAGAACCAAAGUAAUGGUCGCAUCAUGACUUAGGCUUUACUCUUUCUUGUACAGCCCACAUUCUGUAAGAAAUAUUGAUCUGGUAAUUUGAGUAUGUUUUAAUACAAUAAAAUAAAUUCUUAUAUAGAAUACUAUUAUACCACAAUUUAAAGAGAUUUUUUUUUCAAAAACUGUAUAACUUACAUUUAAAUUGAUUAUAUCUAUAGAUUUGCAUAAAAGCAAGAUUUUAUCAAAAGCUAAAUUUAUAAUUAUUCAAGAAAGUAAAAAUACAAUCCAUGCAAUAGGAGAAGAUAUUUGCAAAUUAUAUAUCUAAGAGUCUAUUAUCCAGAAUAUAUAAAAGUAUGAUUAUUGCUAAUAAAAUUUAUGUUGUGAAAUGAUGGGAAAAUCAGAGUAAUCUAUUUGAGAAAGUUGUGUUA